CAACGAGCGGGCACGGCAUGCACGCAUGCAGCUAGGCGACAGGCAGCGCCUCACUCAUUCUUGGAAUCCAUUCUCUAGCGUCGCACAAUCGGUAGGUCGCUCAGCGUUUCCACUUCCUCUUCGCCUCUUUCACCGACACCGCGUCCAUGUGUCCUGGACGCACCUUCCUUGAUGCCGCACUUCCCGCAUACGCCUGAGGCACUCCUCGGCCGCAACGACUCGAAGAACCCCGCGAGCACGUGCAAGGGCAUCACUUCUUCUGGCAGAGCUUGUCGACGGGCUCUAGCUUCGCCCAAGAGAGGGAUUUCUAGCCCUGAGGGGGAUGGCAUGGACGUGACUUGUUAUUGCUGGCAGCACAAGGAUCAAGCGGUGGAAAGAGUCGCGCAAGAGCAUACUGCAAGCAGGAUCGCUGGUCGGAGGAAGUCGGUGGGGACGCCCGCUCUGCAUACUGUGCGGGAGAAGAGCAGCAUCGACACGCUAGUGUUGAAACUUGGAAUCGAUGCUUCGAACAAUUCAGAGAGCAGGAACGGGGUGCAGGGCACACGCGCGCCGCCUGCGCCAUUGCAAGCUCCAUAUGCGGAGAAGUAUGCGUCUCGUCCGGCGCCAGUGAGAAGGAAGAAGCCGGGCUUCUGGGCUUCGCUUUGCUGCGUGGCUCGUGAUGCGGAUGAGGACUACGUUGAGAUUGUCAGGCAUCGGCGACGGGUUGAACAGAACGAGCGAGUUCCAGAGAUGUCUUCGGUAUCACGUCCACCUACUCAUGGCAGACCAGUCCCUCGGCACAAUUUACCUGCCAAUCCUCGGACGAACGACCUGCUCUCGCUGCUACCACCCGGCCUUUCUCCUCAAACCACAUCUGCAUUACUCGCCGAACUCGUCAAGCCCAUCUCUCCAUACGACGAAGACGGCUACAUCUACAUCUUCUGGCUUACGCCGCAAUCCCAAGCCGCGCCGUCGGAUGCACUUGCUCAAUCUCUACUGCAAUCUCAAAGCUCGAGACCGCGAAACGUUCGCAAACUCAGCGAGGCCAUGAGUGAAUUUUCCAUCACAGGCAACGAGCAGCAUGCGGUUCGACAGGAUGGCAGAGCAGGCAGGAAGAGCAUCAUGCUCAAAAUCGGACGGGCGAACAAUAUCACCCGUCGCAUGAACGAGUGGCAACGCCAAUGCGGGUAUGCUCUGAAUCUCGUCCGCUGGUACCCUUACGUCUCCUCAUCCUCGAUCUCUCCCGGCCCGCCAAGCCCAGACCGGACACCGCUGUACCCAGAUCUCACCCGAGUGUCAGGACAAACGGACAGCACGGGGAGUGGCGUGCGCAGAUGUCCGCAUAUUCACCGUGUCGAGCGGCUUAUCCAGCUCGAGUUGGCGGCGAAGCAAGUCAAGCGGCGGUGUGGGGUUUGUGGGAAGGAGCAUCGGGAGUGGUUUGAGGUUGAGGCUACGGAGGCGGGGGUGAAGGGGGUUGAUGAGGCUGUGAGGAGGUGGGUUGGAUGGGCGGAGGGAUUGGGAGGGAGUGGGAGUGGAGGAGGGUAUUAUUGA